UCUAAACGAUUGCAAGAAAUGACUGCAAGAAAUAUUCUGAAAUGCAUUUUAAGACAAUCUGAAGGGCUUGGUCGCAAAAAUUUCUUGCUCGCUCCGCUCGCAGAGGGACCUCGUCUUUCGGUUUUAUUUCAAAGCCUUCGAAACCCAAAUACCCACAGUCACUCGAAAAUUGAAACGAUGAUUGAUCAACGAGAACAUCCUCUUUGAUAAACAAAAUCAAUUGCGUCAAAAUGCCACACCCCUACAUUGAAAUAUCUUGGGCCAUGCCCUAUUUUGUCGGCAAAUUGGUGACUGGCACCCCCCUAAGUGAAAGUGCUUAGCGACGGCCCUGAUUAAGCCUGAUAUGCUGAUAAUUGACAAAGUAGGAAAAAGGUCAGUUUGAUAGAGGGGACUAUAUGUGCACCUGGAUAUAUUGCCAAGAGAGAGAAAGAAAAACAAGACAAGUAUUCUGAAAUGAGAAAGUCACUGGAAAGGUUAAAUCGUGGAUACAAAAUAGAUCAAAUCAAUGUUGUAUUUGACUUUCUAGGCUGUUACAGCAAGCAAUUGGAGUGUCAAAUCAAGAGACUAUGUGAAGGAGAGAAGGAGGCAAAAUUAGUAAUCGAACAAUGUCAAAAAUGGGUACUCAGCCAAAACUGCGAGAUUGUUAAAACUUUUUAUGAAAGAAAAUAGAACAACAAAAAUAGUCUGCCUAGGCAUUAGCCAGCAGUAUAGUGGACACAACAAAAAGCAACAGAAACAAUUUUGACAAUAAUAAUGGAGACACGACAAUGUGGCAAGGUAUGUGCAUUGGGCAAUGUGUAAAAAGGCAAACAUAGAAAGAGCGAAUGAGUGGUAUAACCAGCAGCCAAAUAGCUGUGCUGAAAAUGAAGAGUAAAAGUUGUUAUGGGAUAUGAUGAUACAAUGCGUCCAACACAUACAAGCUAGAAAACCAGACAUUGUAUUGCUGAACAAUAGAACUAAGGAGGCUACAAUAAUAGAUAUCGCCAUUCCAGGUGACAAAAGGGUACAAGAAAAAGAAAUAGAGAAAAUUGAGAAAUACCAGCCUUUAAAGGACGAAAUGGCAAGACUUUGGGAUCUGAAAAAGGUCAAAGUGGUUCUCGUGGUGAUUGGUGCUCUGGGAAUGAUUACUAAGAAGUUUGAGGGAUACAUCAAGGAAUAUGAUGACAAUAUCAGGAUUGAAGUAAUACAAAAAACGACUUUGUUAGGCUCUCCUCGAAUCUCAAGGAGAGUACUGUCUAUGUAGGACACGGAGAAUGAAGCCUUGAAACCUUUGGUAGCUUGUUGCAACCUGCUUUCAAGGAAUUUACCAAAUUCAACACCUAAUUCGUAAAAAAAAUGUAAUUGAACAUAAUAAUAAAAAUAAUGAUAAUACAUAUUUAUACAAAGUAAGCCUUUUCAGUACAUGUAAAAUACUGCUAUCAAUAAGGGUCCUGUUUAAAGAAACUGUUGACAACGUAAAAUUAUAAAAGCUAAGAUGCUACACAAUUUUCAUACAAAACUUAGGGUAUCUAUCUUCCGUUUAAAGUUUACAAAAUGAGAUUCAUUCAUAAGGUCGCUUGGCAAUCCAUUAAAAAUCAGUGCUUUGUAAGGCAAAUGUUUUUCUUCCAGCUUCUGCUUUAACUUUUGGAAACACAAGACGCGAGCCGUUUCCUCGUGUGUCUUUGCCAUGAUCAAAUCGCUCGAACAUGUUUCGCAGUGGUGGAGGGCAAGAGUCAAUUAACGACUUAAACACGUCGAUCGAUAUCUUAGUAGGAGCUAUGAUCUUAUGGGCUCUGUCUUGGAUCAACUGCAACUUAUUCUUGGCACUUUCUCCUACGCAUAGAUAAACUGGAUAGCAGUAGAAGCACAUGCCUUAUCAUAACACUAUAUAUGUUUGCCUAUUAUGAUUUUUGAUGACAUUGAGGGAAGCUUUGCUACCCUCAUCUUGUGAAAUGCUAGUGUGUAUAUCAAGAGUGUGUUGUAAAAAAUGAGCGCAUGCUCUUCGAAUCCAAGAUGGAGGGUUGCGUCACUCAUUAAAAAACUUUCUUUUGCUCGUCUCCCCAAGGUUAGGCAAACACAUCGGUGAACUUGUGGAUACACUGAGCAAGGACCUAAGCGAGAACAACUUACCUUAAAAAGUAUUUUAGUGUUACGGGAAAUGAGGGCCAGUUUCCAACAUUUCCAACUUUUGCCAGGGCAAAAUUUUUUCUGCAGGGCAAAUAUGUAGCCACUCCUACCCCCUCAACAAAACGUUUGAAGUGACGCCCCUGACUAGGUACAAGUAACCCUAACUAAAAAUAGCUUUUGGGGGCGUUUUUGAAAUGGGGUCUGCAUCUCAUCUUAUUCAGCAUCAUGUCAAAUUAUGUACUUUUACUAACUUUCAUGCUUGUAUCCUAAAAUGCACAAUUCAACUUCUAAACGACGGCACUACAAAAUUUGCUGCCAUUAAGCAUAAGGCGCUCUUGUUUUUCUUUUGUCUUUUCAGCAUGGGGAAACUUCUUUCAUCAGCGGCAACUCCGCAUGGCAAAUCGCAUUCAUUGUGCAGUCAUUGCAUUGGAGAAUGUUCAGCCAGGGUCACUGAGAGGUUUCAGAAGCCCUGGGGCAAAACCGGAAGACGAGGCCCAGACCCCCUGAGAGCGGAACCAGAAGAACAUUUCUGCCACCACGCCCAGAAUAAGCUUAAGAUGCAUUUUAAAAAAUUUUUCAAUCAUUUCUUACAAUCGCUUACAAGGAAGAUUUACUACAUUUACGCAUACUUUUGCUACUGUUGAUAAUUUCUAUUCUUUGAAUGGAAUUCAAUACUUUAUAAGAUCCCCUAGACGUCGAGGCUUUUGGAAAAUUUGCCCCCUUGCCUUGCUCUCUUUUUGGUUGCCCUUGUUGCAGCUAUGUCUCCUUUGACAAUUUAAGAUAGUAAGCCUAAUGGAUGGAACAAAACACAUUAGCUGACAUCCAAUAGAGUUCCCAAUUAUUGAUAAUUUGUCGAUUUACCAAUAGUCUUAAAGAGUCUUCACUAUACUUAAAAACAGUCAACAUUAUUCUUAAAUUGUCAGACUAUUGUCAAGGCCUUAAAAGGGGAGAUGACAUUAACUCAAAUAACCAAAGCAAAGUAUUUAGAAAUUGUUAAAUGUUCCAUUCUGCCUUCAGAUGUCAGGGCAAGUUGGAUAUAUAUAGUGAGUCUGGUACCCAGGGUAAUGCAAAAUUGACCUAGUCUUCAAAAUAAAUCUUUGCAGCUAAAAAAUUGAAAGUGUUAAAAAAAUAUCUUCAAAAAGAAGCCAAAGGACCCCGUACUCGGGUAAAAAAGGGAAUUCAUUCUUUUGGAACUGUGGUGAUCAUUUGGCACUUUUUUUGGGAAUCUAGGGACACCGGAUGACAUUUUUAUCUUUGCUUUGUUCAACUUAUUCUUUGGAAACAACUGAACAAAUGUGUAUCAAAACCAGGGCCGUUGUGGCUCCUAGAAGAGGGCCGGGAAAAAAUAACUACAAAUGGGCACAUACUUUGCAUGAAAGCCAUAUUUGGGUAUUGGUGCAAGCAACAAGGCAGUUGGGUAAAAUGACAUAAAUUGUGAUAACACAGUAACAGAGAUGGCCCAAAUUGAAACUGGCUGGGGGGGGGGGGUGGAGUAGAGCUAAGAAUCCAGUUUAGUGAUACCAUGGUUGGGUCCGACGUGAAAUAAAAUUUUUAAAAUUAAAGCCUUCUAAAUGGCUAAAAAUGCAUCUCCUAGACUAAAAUUUAACUUUAAAAAGAGGCUUUUCUGGUAGUUUGAUACUUAAUAUUCGGCAUUUUUUGCAAAAGCCUCCCCUAGCCCCCCCCCCCUGCACCACGGUCCCUGUUAAGAUGUUCUCAAGAAGAAAUCAAAAUGAAUGCUACAGAUUGACUGGGAAUUUUGCAUAACCACUAGCAACCAGCCUAACCGAAAUUUUGAAGGUUUAAGCCAUAAGAGUAAAGACCACUGGUCAUUUUAAGCCUCGGGAACAUUCUGGCAGAAGACGGUAAGUCACGUGCACGUUGCAAACCCUUUCUGAUGAUUUGAAAUAUUCGAAAGUCAAUAUUUCGCUGACCGUGCAUUUUUCAUGCUUCCAGAAACGCGACUUCCGGUAAAUUAACAGAAUGUUUCCAAGGUUUACAAAGAUCAGUGGCCCUUAAACUUUAAACUUCAAACUUUGAUUCAAACUUUCAUCGAGUUUGAAAAAACAGUUGGAAUGGGCCACAUUCUCUUUAUGGUUUCGUGUUCGUGGCUUUUUAUAAUAUUUACUUCAGAUUGGUCUAAUAUAGUUAUUUCGUUUUGCGUCAAAAUUCGUAACUUAUAUAUAGAUAUAUCUCUUUUAGCAUUGUUUAUUGGCAGCAUACCGAAUUCAAAGAUAUGGCCAGAAACAAAAUUUUCAAGAUAAGAAUAACUUUGCAGGGAACGUGUUACUGUGAUACAUGAUUACUACAAAGGAAUCCUGAAACACCUCGUUCGCACGAAAUCAGCCUCGCUCUGACGGCUUUCAUGGCGCGAAAAUCGGGGAAGAAAACGAGAACGUGAAUAAUGUUGUGAUUGGACCAGCUUGGAUACAUGGAGCAAGUUCUUAAGAACACUGUCUCAUUUAUAGAAGUUCUAGGGAUGUCAAGGACUAGCCAUCUGCAAGAGUGGGAUACUCAAGCUUUGUCAAGAGCAUUUCAAUGGGCAGACUAUUUUGAAAAUGUUUAUGAGAAAUUUUUGUCAAGACCAAAAUACAAAGAGCAGCUUUGCUUUGAGCUAGAAAAACAAAGUUUACAAUUGGCAUCAAGACUAGGCUGCAGGGUGUUGAGAUUUGAAGAUCUUAAGCAGGCCAGACAGAUGCUUGCGCGUAGCAUCCUCCAGAAUAUUUGGUGCAGUGCUGAGAUAUAUACUGAAACAAUAAAGCAAUACUACCUGAAAUGCAGUAUGGAACAAGCGCCUCUAUUACUGUCUAUUGACUUACAAAAUAUGAUUAAGAUGCAAGAGAUAUCAAAGAAAAUUGUCGCAAUUGGAAAUGAAAUUUUGAAUGCUAAAGAUAUUGUUUAUUUGGAGCAUUUUGUCGAAUGCAGUGGAGAGGCCAGUGAAAAAAGACAACAGGAUCGUAAUACCAACAUUGAAGAUGCAGCGAAAUUUACAGAUGCAAAUACAAGCUUGUCAGUUGAAACAGGGGCACGUUUAUUAAAAAACAUGAUUCUGAGUAAAUCAAAAAGGAAAGAAAGCAAACGAGAAUGGAUUGCAAAGUUAGAUGCCAUUGUAUCAAGUGAAAAAGGCGUCGCCUUAAUCAUGCUCGCUGCUGUUCAUCUUUCCUGCGAUGGAGACGCUGAAUCCAUGUUAUUGAUUACCCAGUACAUCAAAGAAAAUCUAUUCAAGAAUGGGACGGGAUGUUGGGAGAGAUUUCUGUCACUUCCAGCGAAAGUAAUCAUUGAGAUGGUUUUACAUUCAAAAGAAUUAACUCAGUUUUAUUUGGAAACACUUUUUGCGUGUUGUGAAUGUUACGAUCAGCAAAUCAUCGAAGAAGAGGAUUAUUUGAUUUCAAGUUUGAAGUGCAAGAAAAGAAAAAUCUCCAAGCAAGAACAACUAAAGGCUAAUCUUCAUAAGCAUUUUGCGGAGCUUGGAAAAACAAAUCAGAGAGACAUUAGCCUUUUACUGAAAUGUAAACAAAAUUUUAGACAAAACAAUGGAAAGAGCACUGCGGAGAACCAAGGUUGCUGGGAACAGCUUUGGGAUCAAUACGUGAUAGCCGAUUCGCCCGUUUUCUAGGUAUUUUUCGCGGACAUGCUCUCAUUAUCCAACAAACAAGGAAAUAUUUGUUUACUUAACAGAUUCUUGUUAUAAACUACAUGCAAUUUCCAAAUUUGCCUGAUGACUAUUUUUAAAAAUGUACGCUUUUUUCGCGGUUGAUGACGCCAUAAAACGGUCAGAAUUAUACUCAUUGGUAGUUAAACCCUGCAAAUAAUGCAUUUGAAUAGAGCUACAAGUUUUCUAGAUAUUUAUGUUUAUAUCUUGAUUUUGCAAAAUAAAUUCGAAAUACUUUGUAAUUAACAAUUAAGUAUCAAUCAAUUUUGUUUGUAGCAACUAACGCAAAUGAAUACAACUAGA